AUGUCCGGACGACAGGCAAGGUUCUCUCAAACCACUCUGAUCGACACAGCUCCUUUACCAGCGAGCAUCCCACCGGUCGAGGAGGUUGGAAGCAGUUCUGCGCCUCUACUGUCAGCGAGUUUCUUUAUUGGUGCGAGAUGCAAGGCGUAUAAUGAUGAUUUUAUGCAAUGCAAGACAGAGAAGCCGGGAACAGCGGAGAUGGAUUGUUUGAAGGAGGGGAGAAGGGUUACGAGAUGUGCGAAGAGCGUUCUAGAUGACGUGAACAAGCACUGCCUCGUCGAAUUCCGCAAACACUGGACCUGCCUCGACAACAACAAUCAACAGCUCUGGCAAUGCCGACCACUUGAAUGGAAGCUCAACAAAUGUGUUUUCGAUAACCUGAAACUCGAGAAAACCAUCCCCGACGCACCAGCGAAUGAAACCCCUGUACACCUCCGAGAACGCCAACUCUACUCGCACCACGGACCUUAA